AUGGCAGCUACAGAGGUUCCGAACGACCUCACUCCCGAAGUUCCCUCGCAAGUGAUUUCGAAACAAAAACGAAUAGAAGUGGGAACUUUGCGUCAUCCGUCAAUCAUUACGUCUCUAAUCAAUACCAGUCAGCCGCAACUCACGCAACUGUUACAAGAUGCUCCUGUGUUCGGCUCCGGUCAGGAACACGUUCCACAGACCCACAACUGGCGGAUAGAGGAAGGACCAACUGAUGUAAGCUUUGACAGCGACCUUGGAUUUCCCGUCGGUUGGACUGUUGUG